CCUCAUUCGCAGAGGGCACACACACACACACACACACACACACACAUAUCCUCUUACAUACACACUCACAGCUGUUGAUAGUUCUCUCUCUGUGUGAGAAACGCCGGGACAGCCGAGCAGCACAGCCCGCAGGACUCAGAGAGAGAAUCUGCUGUGUGCUGGCAGCUCCUCCAAAACAUCUUUAUGGGAAAUCUGGACGGACAAGUGGAGCGACCGGUUCUCUGAUUUGCAGCGUGACUCUCACUUUCUGUCGUUCACACCGCGCUCCUCCUCUCCCGUCUCUCCCGCCGUCUCUCUGGCUCUCAGUGUUGGAAUUUAAGCGCAGACGGCGAGCAGCAGAGAGAAAUAGAGACAUGUGUUUCGCCUGCUCCUGCCGCCUCUUCUCUCCCAUUCACUGAGCGUGAGGAAACACAAAGCAGCUGACUUCCAAAGAGUACCACCCCCUUAAAAACCGAUUUAUAGUUUUAGGGGAAUUCCAUGUGAGAGUCCGAUUGGCAGCCAUCGAGCUAGGGAGUGAGGUGAAGCAGGCAUGAGUGCGGACAGCCAUCAGGGGGUGGUGACGACCCCUCCAACGCCCAGUGGAGGGACCAAAGAGCGCUACUUCGACCGGGUCGACGUCAACGAUCCGGAGUACAUCAGGGCCAGGAACAUGUCCCCGGACCUUCGGCAAGACUUCAACGUUCUGGAGCAGAAGAAACGGGUCACACAGAUCUUACAGAGCCCGGCCUUCAAAGAAGAGUUGGAGGGUCUGAUCCAGGAGCAGCAGAGGAAGGGGAACAACCCCACCGGCCUGCUGGCCCUUAGACAGAUCGCUGACUUCUUCAUGGCAAGCUCUGUGGCCGGCUUCAACACCUCCCCCCUCAGUCUGGGGAUGGUCACUCCCAUCAACGACAUGUACGGCGUGGAAUCCAGCACGAUGGUGAAGGGCGAGAAGCUGACCCGCUGUAAACUGGCCAGCCUCUACAGACUGGUGGACCUGUUCAGCUGGGCCCACUUCCCCAACUCCUUCAUCACAGGUCGUGUCAGUAAAGAGCAGGACCACAUCCUCAUCAUCCCCCGAGGGCUCUCAUUCGCCGAGGCGUCUGCAGCCAACCUGGUGAAAGUCAACAUCAUCGGCGACGUGAUCGAUCAGGGCUCCACCAACCUGAGGGUGGACCCCGCAGGUUUCAGCCCCCACGCUGCCAUCUACUCCAUGCGUCCAGACAUCCGCUGUAUCAUACACGUGCACACUCCGGCCACGGCUGCUGUGUCAUCCAUGAAGUGUGGCAUCCUGCCCAUUUCCCAAGAAGCAUUGGUCCUGGGUGACAUCGCCUACUACAACUACCAGGGCAGCCUGGACGACCAGGAGGAGCGCAAAGAGCUGCAGAAGGCCCUGGGACCAUCGACAAAGGUGUUGGUGUUGAGGAAUCACGGUGUGGUUGCUCUCGGAGAGACUAUCGAAGAGGCCUUUCACUACAUCUACAAUGCCCACUACGCCUGCGAAAUCCAGGUAAACGCCAUCUCGUGUGCCGGCGGCGUGGACAACCUGAUCGUGCUGGACCAGGAGAAGUACAAAUCACGAGUGUUUGCUGUGGCCACGGCGGCUGCUGUCAACAUGGGGGGCCAGUACAAGUGGAAGGUUGGCGAGCUGGAGUUUGAGUCUCUGAUGAGGAUGCUGGACAACCUGGGCUACAGGACGGGUUACGCCUACAGACACCCGAUCGUACGAGAGAAGCCGAGGCACAAGAGUGACGUGGAGAUCCCGGCCACGGUCACAGCGUUCAUGUUCGAGGAGGACAGCGAGGCCACACGGCUGCCCUUCAAGUUCCUGCAGCAGCGGCAGCAGAGGGAGAAGACGCGCUGGCUCAACUCGCCCAACAGCUACACCAAGGUCAACGUGGAGGGCGGAGAGGAGCGCUACAACAGCCGGACGACCACGUGGAUGAAGGCCGACGAGACGGGGACCCCGAUCCGGAUCGAGGAUCCAAACCAGUUUGUUCCUCUCAACACAGACCCCAGUGAAGUGCAGCAGAAGAGGAUUAAAAUCAGAGAUCAGAACCGCUUCGAUGUGAUGACGUCGGGCCCGCGCUCUCAGCACCUCGCAGGAAUCCCCAUCGAUGCUCCACGACGGCCAUACGUGCCCACAGAGGAGGAGCAGAUGGCUCCCCUGCCUCCCAACCCCUUCACUGAGCUGUCAAAGAAGGACCUGGAGGACCACAAGAACGUGGAUCGGAGGCAACUGGGCGUCAGCGAUGGAGAGCACGACCUAACCUCCGACGACGGCUCCACUCUCUCUCAGUGUGUGUCUCUCACGCAAUCCCCGCAAAGCACUCCAGCUAAAGAAGACAACCACACGGGCCUGAUGAACGGCAAAGACAACAACGGCGACGUGGACGAGGAGCUGUCCAAGCGCAUCAGCCAUCUGACCACCAGCGUGGAGAGCGUGGAGAUCACGGUGCGCACCGGGGAGAAGAUCGAGGAGGCACUGUCCCCCGAGAGCUCGCCCUCCAAGUCGCCCAACACCAAGAAGAAGAAGAAGUUCCGCACCCCGUCCUUCCUGAAGAAGAACAAAAAGAAAGAGAAGACGGAGGCUUGAGAGCCGAGCCGAGCGGCGGGCAGGAGGAUGAGGAGGAGGGGCAGCAGCCACCUUUUCUGUUUCAUGUCGGUGUUUCUUUUGUCUACGUUUUUACGUCAUUUUAUGUUUUUUUGUUUGUAAUUUUAUUUGUUUUUUUUUUAACAAAAAAGAUUUCUGUGCAGAGGGCAGAAGAACGUACGACAUUUAAAAAAAAAAAACAGGUUUGUAAAAAGAGAAGAGAAGAAGGUGUGUGACGUUUGGGGGCGGGGCGGUUCUGAAAUGAAAGUAGCAGCAGAUGUCAGGUGAUUCAGGUGAGGCUGUGAAGGGGUCACCUGAGGCCGUUUAGAUCCUGAAGAACUGGCUCCUCAAACCACCCCCAGUUAUUAGAAAUGAUUGAACUGCGACGAAACGACACCCCCCCAUCCCCCCCGAUCUUUUAGGCUUUUUGUUUUUUACGUUCUGGUCACCUUGGGAGGAAACUGAGACGCCACAUGAAAUCUGAAGUCACUGGAAAACUGAUCUGAGACAAACCGCCUCUGGGUGUGUGUUUUAGAUUUACUGUGAGAGGAGUUUCUCUCUCUCUCUCUCCCUCUCUUUCUUUCUCUUUUUCUAUCUCUCUCCCUCUCCCUCUCUCUUUAUCUCUCUCUGUCUCUCUCUCUCUCUCUCUCACUCUCGCUCGCUCGCUCGCUCUGACACAACCCUCGUCUUCAGAUGAGGUAGAGGGUCUCUAGACCGGACGAGGCAGUGAGAACGAGCGUGUGGCGUGUCUCAGUGAUCUCAGAGAGCCGCCGACUCACUCUGAAUAUUUAUGUAGCAUUUGUUCCUCCUCAUCUCAAUGUGUUUGUUUGGUUUUGCCAAAAGGAAAAGCAGAAACAAUCUCACAGCGUCGCUGUUCGACUUUGUCAUCUCAUGAAUUCAGAUCUUUUUUUUUUUAAUUGCACACAGAUUUGCUUUUUAGUCCACUCUGUUUUGUACUCGUCUGUACGCUUCGCAGAGGUUACAGAUGUGACGCAUGUCAUAGCGAUGCCUGACUGCUCAAAUGAUAUUUUAAUCUUCAGAGUGGGCACAUUUACUUUAUAACUCAGAUAUAUGAACAAACUGGAGAGGUUGGCUAUAGAUUUCUAACCAUAUAUUUUUAUUUGAUUGUGCUGCACUUUUCUGGUGGUUAGAGAACACAUCUUAGCUGCAGGUGGUUUCACCGCUGAAGGAGAUUUUGUGAAGUGUUUCGGUAAUAAGUUGUGCAAGUAGGCGAGCAAAGGUGUGCACGGUGUGGGAGAGAGAAAAAAGGUCAGGACCCAGAAAGUGAGUCGAACGAAGGAGAAAAGAAAAAAACUAAGGAAUCGUCUUUCUGUGGUGUCAAACGUGAUGAAUGAUCUCUGCUUCUCAACUGGACAGGAAGAAGACAAACAUACAAACAGGAAGUGUAUCAAACUGACACAUACAAACAGGAAGUGUAUCAAACUCUCCGCUGAAAUAGGAAUCAUGGGUAGUGGAGUUUGGAGAGGUGACAUCUUCUGUUUGGUGUGUUUGUGUUUGUGUGUGUGUGUGUGUGUGUUUUUAAAGCCAUAUUGUAGUUUUAUUCCUGAUCAGACAAGAGUUAGUGAUUCUCACCAACCCGAACAAGACCUCUGAUCAACCCCCCCCCCCUCGCUUCGAUUUCCUCCUGGAGCUGAAGCGAUAAACGGAGGAAACACGGACAUUAUGUUUUUAUUUGAUCGCUCGGUCAUCAUUUCAGCUUCUAAAGUUCCCGACGCCGUUUCUCUGGCGAACAUGAUGAUGUUGUAGCCGUCAGAUGACCCCCAGCUGAACUCUGUAAAGCCAAAGUGUGAUGGGUCGACACAUAUCCUCCCCCCUGCAGUUUAAACAGAUGUACCAAUAUCCCAGCGAGCAAUGUGAAGUAUUGGAUUUAGGGGGGGAUGGAGGAGGGUGAGGGGAGUGGGGGGGGGAGGUAUGUUUAGCCGUGUUAAACGAUAGCUUUUUAGCUCUGGGCGAUGAGCUGAGGUCACAUGACAGAGACGUAGAGAAGGGAGGUGUGAGUUUGAAAUGGGAGUGCACAUGUGUGAGUCUAGAGGGGGGAGGGGGGGUGACACUGACACUAACACACCAUGUUUUUCUCACUCAGAUAUUUCUUUGGUACCAUCUCUCCGCCUGGAAUCGUUUUAUUCAUCCUCCAUGUGUAUGCAGUCGGCUGUAGUUUGCAGAGAGUGCAAGGCUUUUUUUUUUAUCGACCUUUUGGCAAGCGCUCGUCGCUCCACACGAACUGAAUGUCCUUUUGAUUUUCUCCUCUUCUGUUUUGCACCUUGAUUUUACUAAUGCCUCUCUCUUAUCCAUCGAUUAUUUUUCUUCUUCUGUUUAAAAAAAAAAAAAAAAAAACGAGUUUGGCUUUGGCAUGCCAGAUUAUGAGCCGAGCUUCUUUGUGACCUGUGAAAUCCUAUAAAUGGUUCUCUAAUGGAGUUGCUUUUAGAUGUAUCGCUAAUCAGUGUACAUUCACAAAUAAAAUCUGUAUUUUAAGAAACAGAA